GAGCAAUCCCAGCAGCGAAUUCUGAACAAAGUCUGAAUAAAUAGCUGAAAAGGCAUGGAGAUAUUGAUUAGGCAGCAGCUGUCAGAUGCUGAAAAAGAACAAAAUGUUGAUGCUUUGAAAAGUACUUACAACUUGAUCAAAUCAGCACAUGAUGGAAAAUCUGCCCUUGAUUCCUUGGAGAGUUUCUCUUUUGACUUAUAUGUCUUAUGCGCAGAACAAGCAUAUCAGAUGGGUCUUCCUGAAAUAAGCCAUGACUGUCUACAAAUGUAUUUUAAAGGAAAAGCUCCUGUUAACCAAUUCUUGGGUAGAGCAUAUUUGUGCCAGAGCCAGUUAUAUACUCCUGUAUCUACUGACAAUUUGGAACAAUUUGAAAAAUUCAAUAUAAACUUGCUGAAAACCAUUGAUUUUGCAUUAAGUGAUUCAAGAUACUAUUUUUUGAUAUAUAAUGCUUCAGUUAUUUAUUGGAAAAAUAUAAGGCCAUUUUUAAAGCCCGGGUUCCGCUACUUUCUUAUACCAAGUCUCUCUCAGAUUGUGCCUGCAUUGAAACAUCCAGAUGAGGAAGACAAAGAUUGGACAGCAGAACUUAUGAUAGAAUUGCUGGAGUGUUUCCUGGAUGCUUCCAGAAUGGAAGAAGCCACAACCUUUUCAUCCACUGCAGCCACAUUCAUUGAAGAAAAUGUUCCAAGUAGAUAUCAGAAUUUAUUUUCAAUAAUGGUGCGUAACAAACUAGUGGAUGUUUUAGAUAUAGAAGACAAACUUGAAAGCUCUCUUAAUUUGAAUAUCAUAUAUAAAAUUCAAACAAUCAAAGGGCAAUUAGAUAAAAAUCAGAUUCCAGAAGAUGCUGCUACAGAUUUGAAUAACAUAUUUGAAAUUUUGAAAGGAUCUAGAAAACAAGUAAAACGUAAUGAAAGAAUUUCUUUGCUGCUGGAACUAGCACGACUUUCUUUGAGGUUAAAUUGUAUAAAUAUUGCAAUGUUAUGUUUAAAAGAGUUGAAGAAUUAUAAAAUUCAUGAUCUAGGAAGAGAAAUUGAAUUAGAUUGCUUGGAAUGUGACUGUGAAGUCCAAACACUUGGGCCUAAAAUUGAAACUUAUACUAAAAGUGUUGUUGAGACUCAAUUAAAAGUUAUACAGAAACUUGAUUUAAUUUUGAACCGUGCAAUUCGGCUGAGAGAUCCUAAUAUUAUUCAGGCAGUAUGUACUACUCAGUGGAAUAUCUGCUUACCACUGUUGCAACACAAUUUGCAACAUCAUAUACGAAAAUCCCUGCUAGCAAUUGCUGAAGUCCUUGAGAAGAUCGACAGCAUGUUGAUUUUAUUGCGUUGUCAAGUACAUAUGGAAAUUGCUCGUAUUGAAGAAAAAGAAGACAGAGUAGAGACUGCAAUGCAACAUCUAGAGAAGGCCAUCAACCUUGAUAACAAUGGGCAGUACCAUGAAUACCUCAAAAUGGCUUUCCAUCGGCUUAGCUUAAACACCAUGCUAUAUAAGUCAUUGGAGCGUCUAGAAGACCAAGCAAGUUUGAUGAUUGAACAGGUAACUGUUGGAUAUAUUAGAGCAGGAUGUAUUAUUAGAGCAUCCCUUCUCACAUCUAAAGUUGCACUGCACAACAUGAUAAUUAUGAGAACAGGAGCCAUUUUCCUGCCUCUGGUCUUCACUUCGGGUGGAGCUAUUUUUACCACAGAACAGAUCAGUUUUAAAGCAAACAUCAAAGUUCCCCCAAGUAAAUAUAAAGAUCAAAUUAGCCAUCUCUGUGCAAAAGCAGAGCACCAUGCUAGAAAUGUAGAGAAAGCAGAUGGACAUUUGAAGAGACUAGGACACGAAAAUGAAAAAGAAAGAAUCCGCCUAUGGUCAGAAAUAGCAAAAACAGCACGGAAGCAAAGCGUAUGGGAUGUUUGUCGGGCUGCAUGUAGGUUCUGCUUUUUGUAUGAUGAUAAUCAAGUGGUAAAGGUUUCAAAACGUAAAAAAUUGGUGAAGAAAAAAGGUAGUGCAACUACAUCUGAUGAUUCCGAAGGAAAUAUAUUAAGAGAGUCACCGGUGCCGAUCAAAGUAUUUUCUUUAGAAAGAGAUCUGCUUAGAACCUUAGCAGAAGUAAGAUGUAUCAAUGCAGAGGCUACCAUUCAGUUAUUAAGAACAGAAGGCGUCCAGCUCAAUAAUUAUCCUGUCCUCCCUGUAGAAGCAAAUAUACACACUUCAGGAUAUUCUCAACAUUCAACACGAAUUGGAAAAGAAUCAGAGUGGAAUACAUAUAGCAACUGGAUAAACCACUUAUCUCAAUAUGCUAUGGAAAACUUUCUACGAGCCGUCAAAAUUGGAGAGGAGUUAAAUGAAGCCUGGAUUGUACAUAAUACAGUAGCGUAUGUGUUAAAUCACAAUAAGCAUCUGAUUAUUUCAAAAAGGCAAAGAGAACUUGUUGACCCCCUUCAAAUUCUUUUCAAUGCUGUUAAGAAUAUUGGGAACUUUGGGAAUACUACUGUUUUAGUAACUUUAUGUAAUGCUCUGGCAAGAGGGCUGAUUCUUCCUUGGAUUCCCAAAAUGGUUUCCAAAACUGAUGAAAAGAAAAUUAAUGAGGAAGGGCCCACCAAACGUAAAAAGACUGCUUUAAAAGGACAUGAUAAAUCAUUCACUGCUCUAAUUACACCUGUGGAUCCAGCUGGAAUCCAUGAUAUUAAAGCAGCUGUAGAGGUCUGUGAAUUUGCUAUGCGUUUGCCUAAUGGAAGUGCACCUGAUGAGCCUGUUCCAAUUGCUAUGCGUCAACAAGUUAUUGCAACUUGGGUAAAAGCCAAACAAUUACUUCAGCAGCAGAUUGGGAGGUGGCAUGGAUCUGAGGAGGAGGGUAAUGAUGAUGGGACAAGUCCCAUGACAAAAGUUUUUAUUGGCCUGGAAAUGUAUUCGUGCAAUGGUCUGAGCCUUAUGGACUUUUUACUUCCCAAUUUGUCUCAGUUGGUAAAAAUGGCUCUGGAAUGCAGUUGGUCAGACUCGCUUGUACAGCUUCAGACGCUGACCAGACUUAUGCAUUUUGCACAUAAUCUCCAUGACCAUGAGCUGGUGAUAACUUGUUCUGAGAAGAUUUUGGAAUUAGGUAAAGUGCCAUUUAACACAGAUCCAAAGAAAAAGGGAAUAAAUGAUUACAGUGCCAGACAAGAAAUGCUGAGUAUUGCUACUUGUACUCAAGGAAAGAGUAUAAUGGAAAACCUGGCUGGCAAAAAACAUUUGCGAGUUAUAGCAUCAAAAUCCUUUGUUGAAAGUGCAAGAUAUGCAGGAGAAGCAGGAAAUCUUAGCAUUGCCAUGGUAGCAGCCCGGCAUUUCUGGAAUGCAUGCUUACCUUUCAUUGGUUCUUCAGCAGACAGGCAGCAUCUCAAAGCACCUACUGAAGUCAUUCUCAAGAGCAUCAUUAAAGCAUCAGAGGCCAAAAGUAAGCAGGAAGCAGAUAAUAUGUUACAGCUGCACCAGUGGCCUACAGUAGAUUUUCAAAGCAGCAGCCCAUCAGAUGGGCAUUUUUUUCUGGGUGCUGAGGAAGAUUUGACUUUAAGGACAUUCUUGUAUGUGUUACUGUUCCAAGCACAUGCUGAUAAAAAUGAUUGGGAGACAGGCCUUAAGGUUUUAGAUGAAGCGGUUCAGAUUCUCCCUCGCACAAAGCACAGACUCCCAAUUUUUAAGCAUAUGGUCAUGGUAAAGGCAAGACUAGGACGUAAUUAUAUAAUGGAAAUUCAGAAAUUCCGUGAUGAAACUGAGGAUUACAUGUCAGAUAUGUGGCAUCGUUUGGCAUCUGUCUCCUUUGAUAUUGUGGGACAAUUGUCUUGCUACCAAAAUGCAAUUGAAGUUUUACAGAAAAAGGAAUCUGAAUUAAAGAAAGUGGAUAAUAUCUUAGGAUUUGCAGAAUGGCUGUAUUGCAAGCAGUUUCCUCUUAGUGAGGCUAUUAAACACCUGGAAUGGGCAAUAAAUAUGUUAUUGUAUCUCAGACCUCUCCAAAAAAGCCCUGAGGAAGAAGAAUUAAGAAACCAAAUUAGUAUUGGAGAAUUAAGAAGCAUAAAACAGUUAGAAGCUUUAUUUAGAGCUUAUACAAUAAUGGCAGUCAUUUCUGGCCAUGGUUCAACUUUUUAUGAGCAAUACUGUUUGAUGGCGUAUGCUUUUGUGAUUCGCAUGUGGCAGAUGUCAUUCACAACAGCAGGAUUGCUUUUAAAGACCAAAGUUUCACCAGCCCAAUCAACAACUCCAAAGUCAAAAGAUAAAAAAGAUGCAAAAAAGCCUGAUCCUACUCAGGGUUCACCUACAAGCCCUCCUAAAAAAGAUAAAGAGAAAUCCCCAAAAGAUGCAAAAAAGAUACACUCAGCCAGUAAAGAGAAGGUGAAAAGGAAGGGGCCAAUUGAUGUCUUGCCUGGAAAUGUGGAGGAAUGGGCUAACUAUGAGUGUCCUGAUGAGAUGAGAGAAGCCUUUAAACAGGACUCAAGUGGCUGUACUGUGAACAGAGAAACCAUUUUAGCACCUACACGCACCUUGUAUUACUUAGACCGUUUAUUUAAGGAACUACAGUCAAUGUUAUGUACUCAUAUGACUCUUCCACUUUUUCACUUGGCUGAAAUCAUUGCUCAUGAUGUUGUUGAAAGCAAAAGUCUGUCAAAUCUCUACCAUCUCAGGCUUGCCAAAAUAUGUUUAGAUUUAAAAAUGUAUCAAGCAGCAUCUUUCCAUGAAAAGGCAGUGGGUGAUGUCUUUAUUAAUGAAAAGGAACAAGGAAGAUUCAGACAAGAGAUUGCAUUUAAAAAUGAGAAUGCCAUACAGGAUAACCAAAUGGAAAAUAAAAAUUUUGAUUGGACAACAAUAGAUAUAGAGCAAAGAAAGAAGCUGUUUACUACAAAAGAUAAGAUUUUGGAACUCAAUGCAGUUACUGAAAAAGAAUUAAAUGGGCUUUCUCUCCCCUACUUGUGGAUAGAAAAAGCUGAAGUCUUAAUCCAACUAUGCUUAUAUCAACCAGCAAGGUUACUACUCUCCGAAGCUCACCAUGCAACUCAGGAAAUGAAUGAUCCAUGUGGUAUAUCACGAUGCCUUUAUCUUCUAGCUGUACUAGCUAAUUUAGAAAAAAACCAUGGGCAAGCGAAGGCACUGCUUGAAAAGGCCCGCUUGAUAGGUGGAAAUGAACAGUUUUGGCAUGAUAGCACUUUUGCUCUCACUGAUGCAAUUUUAGGAGAUGACCAGGAAAUAAAUGAUAAAAUGGCUUGCCAUUUUCUGCAAAAAAACAUAAAUGUCUUGAGGCCAUUAUUGAAGGAAAGACCCAACCGAGAAUCUGAAUUGGGUUUUAUAAUUGCAUGCUUUGAAGCCAGGAAAGCAUAUAUACAGAUAGAUUUGGUUAAAUAUCUCAUUAACACUAGUGGUUUUUCUAAUGAGUUGGAAAUAAUAUUGCUGGAAUCCUAUGAUAAGUUAAUUCACAUACAGAAGAUCUUCGUUUCUUAUGGAUAUAAAGAUCGUAGUGCUGAUGCAUUGAUGGCAUGUGCAAAUAUUCAUAGGAUACUUGGUAAACAUACAGAACCUGCUGCAGACAAGCAAAGUCAUUAUAUAGAUGCAUAUAGAUUAGCACAAUGUGCAGUAUCACAAAUGGAAGAGUUUUUCCAACAUAUUAAUAAUAUACUUCCAAUUAAUGAGACUAGAAAUAUAAAUACACCUUUAAUGAGAAGGCUUGCAAACAUGAAGGUGAACUUCGUAGAGAUCAUUUUGGAUAUUUUUGUUCUUAUCAACAUUGAAAAAAAGAACAAAGAAGCUAGAGCAGACCAAAUUGAGCAAAUUAUUGAGGAUUUUGUAAGGUUUACACCUGAUACUUCUUCAGUUGAACAGGAUUGGAUCACCCUUGGGCAAACAGUUGGUCAUAAUGCCCAUGCUCAACUUACAAGCCUACCGAGUCUUUGUAGUGGUUGUCCUGACAUAAGAGCCAAGUACCUCUACCUCACUGGAAGGAGUCUACAUUUCUUAGCUAAUCAUAUAGAGCCUUUUAGUGUGGAUAUUCAAUGGUGUGAAAAUGCAAUAGAGGUGGCUAAAAUUAAUUCUGAGAAAUCUCCACCACCAGAAACAGAAACAAUAGAUGAACAUAAUGAAGCUCCAAGUCCUCUGCUGCAACUUACUAAAAAACAACUUGAUGACUACAGAAAAAAAGCCAAUGAAUUAAGGAAGAGACAGACCUGGACUCAUGAAUACAUAUUUCAGUCAACUGAGGUUUUGCUGCAGUGCAUUAAUGUUGCAAUUAAUAACAACCUGGUCGAUACCUUGGCAGCUGCUAGUUUGGAAAUGGUGGAGUGCUUUGGACAAUUUGAUCCCGUUUCAGCAAGUCAGUUUUUAGCUCUUUAUCAGAGCUGUACAGCGUCCUUGAUUAUGAAAGAAAUCCUGUUAGCGGCUACCUUGAACAGCAGCAGUUCACAAAUGGCAGCAAUGUUGCAUCUGCAGCACCACUUGCAACAAAGAGGAGAAACCACUGGUCUCCUCAAAACUAUAGAACACAGGUUGGCUGCUAUAUCAAAGGCAUGGGGAAGCCUCUCUAUUUCUUCACACCAUUUUAAUAUCAUGAAUGAACUGCCAGCAAAUUUUCAUAUAGUUAUUCUCCAGCAUUCAGGAGACAGAUCUUUAUUGUAUGGUGCUGUACUUGAGAAAGUAAAAUCAACCAACCCUAAAGAGCAAAAGGAACAAAAGGAAAAGGGUGGACAGCCAAAGGAAAAAGGUGGGAAGGAAAAGGGUGGACAACAGAAAGGAAAAUUUGCUCAACCAACUUUGCAGGCUAAAAUUGUCCGGAGCCCUGUGAAUCCAGAAACAUUCUUAAAUAUUUUGGAAAAAGUUGAGGUUUUUAAAGAGGAGAUGAUGGAUGGUCUUUUGAGAGAAAUAGAAGAAAAUGAGUUUCAAAGAAAACAAGUAUCAUCUGCCAAACUAGACACUAGUACAGAAAAUGAAGAGGAACCAGAUUUAGAAUCUAUGUUUCAAACAAUAUUGUCAGAUAUGGAAGAAUAUUUGAAGCCUGUACUGUCACAGCUUAAUCUCUCUGAAUUGAGACGCCAGAGUCCAGCACUGUCUCCAGCUGACUCAGCAAAAACCAGAAAAGGUAGUCCAGGGAAAACUAAGGCAGAUGAUUCAGGGAAAACUAAAACUAAAAGCACAUCAAGUCAAGGUGCUGAAGACAUAGGAGAGUGUGUGAUUCUAUUGGCAGAUAAAGAUCUUCUGGAAUUACCUUUGGAAGCUCUAACUAUUUUCCAAGAUGAUGCAAUAAGUUCUCUGUCCAGAGAUUUCUCUCUCCAAAUGGUCUACAAUCGGAUACGUAAAGACGAAGGAGAUAGUGAGGGGAAAAAGAGUACAAGACCAAAAAGUGAACAAAGAAGAGGUACAAAAAUACCAGCUCUUAACCAUAUUCUGCCACCCAACUGUAUUUCCAUUGAUGUCCACAAUGUGAAAUAUAUUGUGGAUCCAUAUAAUGAUGGCAGAGAAGAUGAAUUGGAAAAUCCUGCAAACAAUUUUAGAGCAAUCCUAGAAAAAUUUGAGCCAUUUACCAUUCGUUGGGAAGGCUUAAUGGGUGAUAUACACUUUCCAAGUUACAUAGAAUGGGAAUACAUAUUGAAUAACUGCAGUAUGCUUUUUUUCUCUGCAAUGGCAAGAUUCCUCUCCCACGUAGCACUUGACAAGCUAGUUGCUAUGAACAUCCCAGAAUGCCAAUUGAUUAUACUUUCAGGACGUGUGCAUUCCAAACCAAGUCUUAUACGUUUAAGAAACCAAGAUGAAGGAAGAAGUUCUUUACGCUUAUCUCUGGAGAAGACAACUGCAACUGCAAUCAUUCUAAGCCUUAUUGGAGUGCGUUCUGUCAUAAUCAACCAAUGGUUUACUACCCUGGAGCAAAAUACAAUACGAUUAGAACAUUUAUGCGAAAAUUUCAUAAAAGUAGGCAAAACAACUGGACAGGCUGUUCGUAUUCUUCAGAGGAAAAAAACACUCUGGGAUGAGCCACCAGAAAGAUCACCUGAUUCCCCUGGAGUUGAGAAAGAAGACCACAGCAAAACUCCCAGUCAGCCAAGCCAGACUCCAAUUCAUCCUUCGGUUGUUGAUGCCAUUUUGUAUGGCUUGCCCAACACCAUGUUUACAUGAUUAGCAAUACGUUUCUUUAAGUGUACUUGGAGUGUGAAGGGAACAGGUUUUCAUGGCAUUUGAUAUUGUUUUUAAGAAGCCAAGACUUGAUGGUUCUUUUAAAGUUAACACUGACAUUUAUCUUAAACUCUUGUUUUUUAACUUGAUGGUUUUGUUAUUCUGAUUUCCUUCAGAUGUUUCAGUUACAGGAUUAAAAAUUUUUAAAGUUGGAUUGCGGU